AUGGACGCCCAAUUCCCAAGUACAUUGAUACCCAAUGACGACCAGACCGGGGUGAAGAAGAAGAUUGCGAUAAUUGGAGCUGGGCCUGCUGGCCUCGCAGCUCUCAAAGCCGUACUUGAGAGCCCUCAAUACAAGGCUGGGCUAUGGGAAACGAUAGUAUUCGAGUCUAGGUCAAGUCUGGGAGGCGUUUGGCUCCCGGAUGCACCAGAUGCUCAUAAGCCAGACGUCCCACCAGCAACACCGCUAUACGACAUGCUCACAACGAACCUACCGCACCCAUUAAUGUGCUACUCGGACUUUCUUUUCCCCCCGGAGACGCCCCUGUUCCCCAAAGCCGCAGCAGUCCUUCAAUACCUCGAAGCCUACGCAGACCGGUUCAAUCUACGGCCGCACAUCCUAUUCAACACAACCGUAACGUCUGUUGAACCCAACCCAUCCGACCCAUCUGGCGAAUUCAAAUGGAAGAUCCAAACUUCUAUCCUGAGUAUGGACGUCGAUCUCGUUAUCGUUGGAAACGGCCACUACUCUGUACCACGCUACCCAACCACCCCCGGACUCUCGACAUGGCUUUCCGAGUCAAGUAAAGCCCAACACGCCGUCUUCUAUCGCCAUCCCCUGCCGAAGCACGGGGAUAAAGUCCUGGUCGUAGGAGCAGGACCCAGCGGGCGAGACAUCUCCACCGAACUCUUAUCCACCGGUCGAACAGUCAUCCACUCAAUGACAGGGACACCCAGCGAAGAUAAACUAGGCGGAAAACUCAAACUCCGCGGACGAGUCAAGGAAUACGGCGAUCCCCAAACUGGUACACUCACAUUUGAAGACGGGUCGGAGGAAACAGGAGUGGAUUUCUGUAUUCUCGCGACAGGAUACGAGUACUCGUUUCCGUUCCUCGAUUCAUCCGUUCUUCAUUAUCCUACAUCAAGCGAUGGCGCGUCAACGCCCUACCCACCGCCCCCACCUCCUCUCCCGACCAGACUCUACAACACAUCCUUCAACGUCUUCCCCCUCGCGCAGCAUCUCUUGCCUUUAAUUCCAUACCACCCUAGCAAUGGGGACAACGGAUCCCCUACCUCCUAUCCACCAACCUCCCUCGCCUUCCUAGGCCUCUUAACCCGCGUCUCACCCCUCCCCCUCGUCGAAAUCCAAUCCAAAGCCGUCCUAGCCGCCUUCGCCCACCCGGAAAACAUCGAUCUGACAAAAGAAGCCGUGGAAGUGAUGAACCGGUACUACGAGCUCCUCCCAACAGGAACUACGAAUCAAAAUCCAGACGAGGCGUUGAAGGUUGUCAUGAAGAACUGGCAUAAAUUCGAGCCUCAGGAUCAAUACGACUACCGAGACAAACUCGCUUCCUUUGUCGAUUCCGUUUCUUCGCCUGCACCUCCAUCUGCGACCUCCUCGCCGACCCUUCCUACCACCACUUCGACUCCAACGCCGAAGGUUCCAUCCUACGAACGCUACUUCUACAGCCUCAAAGAUAUCCUCCGCUCAACAUGGGUGAAACUCGAGAAAAGUGGUGAGGCGGAGGAAUGGGUUAGAGGUGUGGGCCAGGGCGGUCUGGAAACGAGUGACUCCGAUGAGCGGUUGAAGAAAGCCAAAGAAGAAUGGGUGGAAUUGAUGCAUCGGGUGGUUAGACGCGGUGAGGAGGAUAUGGAACGCGAGUAUCGGGAGAGGCAGCGGGGAGGCAACGAAAAGGUGGAGACGAUCGACGAUGUAGAUGUAGGAGGUGCAAAGUUGUGA